GACCCCGGAUCGGCCGCGUCGGGCCCGGCGCGGCGGAGUCGAGCGGAGCGCCGCGGCCGCCGCCUCCCUCUCUCCGCGUUCGGCCGCGGCCUCCCGUCACCCGGGGCAACGCCAGUCCCGCUGGCAGCCGCCGUGGCGGGGACAGGCGGGUGGCGCGGCGCGGAGCCGCCUGGGGCGCGGGUGGGCAGCGCGGAGCCAUUAGCGCUCGGACUGCGCGGCCUCAUCGUCUCGAGCCUCCGCUGAGCGACCGCAGUGACAAGACAACAUCUGGGCCUCUGCAGUCUCUCUCCCAGUCUUCUUGGGUUGUUCUGGCCUGUCCACAUUGUUUCUGUAGCUUUCGUGGCUCUGGAUGGUUAGUGAAGAGGGAUGUUCAGUCUAAUGGCUAAUUGCUGCAGCUGGUUAAAACGGUGGCAGGAACCUGUCAGGAAGGUGACACUAAUAAUGGUGGGUCUUGAUAAUGCUGGUAAAACUGCUACAGUCCGAGGAAUUCAAGGAGAGUCUCCUGAAGAUGUGGCUCCAACUGUUGGGUUUUCCAAGAUUGACCUGAAACAGGGACGCUUUGAAGUCACCAUCUUUGAUUUAGGAGGUGGAAAACGAAUUCGAAAUAUCUGGAGAAAUUACUAUGCUGAGUCCUACGGUGUAAUAUUUGUUGUGGAUUCCAGUGACAUUGCGAGAAUGGAGGAAACAAAGCAAGCCAUGAUAGAAGUUUUAAACAGCCCUAAGAUAUCAGGAAAACCUGUGUUAGUGUUGGCAAAUAAGCAGGACAGAGAAGGAGCUCUGUCAGAAGCAGAUGUUAUCGAGUCCUUAUCUCUGGAAAAGCUUGUCAAUGAACACAAGUGUCUAUGUCAAAUUGAACCUUGCUCAGCUAUCAUGGGCUGUGGGAAAAAAAUUGAUAAAUCAAUAAAAAAAGGUUUAUAUUGGCUUCUACACAUCAUAGCAAAAGAUUUUGAUGCCUUAAAUGAACGCAUCCAAAGAGACACUACAGAACAAAAAGCAUAUGAAGAACAAAAGAAACUAGAACGAGCUGAGCGAGUGAGAAGGAUACGAGAAGAAAGGGAAAGAGAAGAAGGAAGAAAUGUACCUGAUGAGGAAGACCCUGAGCCUGGGAACUCUGAAAACCCCUUCCAGCCUAUAUCUGCUGUAAUCUCUGAGAAUGAAAAACAAAUUGAAAAAGAAAAGAAGCGGCAAAGGUUGGAGACUGAAAAGGCUACAAUUGUCUUGAAAUCACAAACAGAGCAGGAACAAUUGGAUGCCCAGCACUUAUCAAGUAGCAGUAGCCAAAAUACAAAUGAUAGUAGACCGGAGACAUGCAAUUCUACAACUUCACAGCUUUUGCAGCAUGCAGAAGAGAAUGAGCAGCAAGCCUCAGAAUGCCUUGACUCAGAUAACAGUAAGAAAAAAAAUAAAAAACCAAAAUUAAAACGAGGCCACAGAGUAGAACCUGUUAAUGCAGAAGACAGUGUUCCCAAAAAUCCUACACCACCACCAGCUCUUCCACCAGUUGGCUGGGGAACUCCCAAACUUAAUAGACUUCGAAAACUUGAGCCUCUUGGUGAAACACAUCAUGCUGGCAUAUAGAGAGAAGGCGGCAAGAAAGAAAAGCCAAAUGAAGAGAUUUCUGUGGAAAACCUCUGCCCCCGCUGACUAUACGCCAAAGACCCAACAGUGAUACGCAUGAUGUCAUUGCUUAACUGGAUCACAAAUAGCAUUUAAAAAAACAUAAUCAAAAAAUCAUAUCAGAAACGGUUUUUGCCUUUGAAGAAUUUUUUUUAAAAUGACACUCUGUCAGAUUGUUGCAAAAUAACUUGGUGACAAUUAAACCUGGAGUUCAUUCUAUCGUACUUAGUUGAUCAGACUUUGUCAUUUACUUUUCACAUCACCAGCUGUUCUUCAGGAUUUAGCAUGAAAUCAAGAAAGCUCUAUGUGCCCAUGGAUGCUCGUAUGAACAUGGUAUUGAAUAUUUAUGGGGUUUACUUGUGAAAAUACAUAGCUGUAAACCUGAAGAAAAAUACCUUCAAGAUCACAUAAUACUGGAUUGUACCUUCUUCCCAAGACCUUUCUCCAGGUGCUGCGCAGUCAUUGGUAUUUUUGCAGCUAAUAAAUGAUUCUAAAGCAUUUUGUAAGAUUUGUGUAUGAUAGGGUGAAUAUAGGAAUGUUAUGCAACAAAUAUUGAGUAUAUUUUUCUAACUUUUUAUAAAAUUAUUUGAAAUUUUGAGUGGACACUCAUACAUACUACCAAUAAAAUGAUACCUAGAAAGCAUUAGAAAGCUAAUAGUCUAAUGCAUACAAAUAGAGUACAUUUGACUCCUCUUACAUUUCUCUUACAGUAGCAAUACCUCUUAUUAGGGAUUACAUUACAAGAUGCAUAUUUCUGGCAGUCUGAAGGGAGGUAGAAAGGAAGGUUUAAGAGAAAUAUAUUUUAUACAAAAUUAAUGCUACUUUAAUUGUCUGAAAGUUUUCUUAUGUGAUGUUUUCUUUGUUUUGUUAAAUGAGUUCAGUGUAGGUAAUAAAUUCAGUUGAAAAUAGAGCUGAAUAUUGUAUUGUCUACUACAACAUACAAGAAAAUUGCACAUAGUGAAAGUUUUGCACUAAUGCAGUCGCCAAUUUUGAUGGAAAACUAAAUCAACCAGUAUGCAGAUAAGCUCCAGCAGUUUUUAAGCUCAAUAAUACUAAAAUACAGCCUUGAAAACUAAAGAAACCCCAGAUUUUUAAGGACUUACAUAAUAUUUCCAUGUAAUGUGUUAAUUUUACAUUAAAAAAAAAAUCACAUACAAGUGAUACAUAAACAACAUGGGUUAUAAUUGGAUAUAUUCCUAUUUAAAUGUUUUUCCUCUUACAUUCGAGACAACCAUUGGUAUAUUGUGUAAGGGUAUAUUGUCAUGCCACUUAGUUACAGCAAGGAUGAAACCCCCAUUCAAAGGUUUUUUUGAAGAAGCGGUACUUGAUGUUUUUCUAUUAUGCUCUCGGUCUUCCAUAACAUGGUAUUACCAAAUGAUUUUAGUAGAUGUUAAAACAAUGCAAUGUAUAUAUUCAGCACUUUGACAUUAGAAAUCUUUGCCACAUACCCCUUAUGGCAAUGAGUUGCACAAAUAAACAUCUACCAUAUCAAUCAAAAUGAAAUUAUUAAAAUUUCUAAAGAGUAUGUUUGAAUGGGGGGGAAAAAAUCAGUCUUAAGAAUAUUGUUUGGAACGGGUAGAGAGGAAUAUUCCGAGUUUGCUACUUUAGUGUAAGGAUGAAACAAUUUGUAUGUGACUGUCAGCAUGAGAAAGUUUUCGUUGUAUUCUAAUAGUGUAACAUGGUUCAGUUUGAUUAUUCUCAGGAUUUAGUCAUUUUCACUUCAAACAAACACAAUAUCAAGUGGAGGGGCGGUUGCAUAAAAGUUUAUGUGUGCAAUCUCAAUCUUACUCUCUUUAGCUAUGUUACCACUUACGGGUUUUUUUGGCUUAAAGGUUCUACUUUUACAGGCUUAUUUUUUUACAGCUUGUUUCUAGAAAUGUAUUACCCUUUUAUUUUAACACUUAUCUAAAAUAAAUUAAUGGAAGUCUUUAUUAAAAAUGAAGCUAAAUACUGCUGUGGUAACAAAAUUUGAGAAACUGAAAUGUAAGAUGUUGAUACUUACAUGUGAAAUGUGUGUUAUGUGUGGUGUGUGUGGACACGUGUAUCAGUUUUGUUUCUGCUUUUAAAAUAAAUUUUACCAAUAUGUGACCAAAGUACUCAAAAACAUUUCAUACAGUUUUGUUUAUUAAAAUGCUCUGUAAUUAUUUA